AUGGUCUUCUCGUUCUACGAUGGCCAUCCCUUCGGUCAACACAUAACCAUCCCACACGGCUCCUACCUGGUCUUUCUAGACGGAAACUUCGCGCCCCACUGUGAAAAAGAUCUCUCCGAAGACCCUGCGUACUACAGCACAUAUCAUUCAUGGACUCUGUACAGCGAAGACUCUGAGUGCAAAGACUUGGGUCCUAAAAUUACCACUACCACUACCACUACCACCAAAAAUCCAUCACCAACCACAACGCCGAGCCGCGGUAGCACUCCAGGACUGCCACCGCAGACGUGUUGUCUCCUGAACCCUGAGUGCCAGGACAUUCCUGCGUCCGCUUCCGCCUCCUACGAGCCGAGGGACACUGUACCCUGCACAAGGUCUGCGGAUAACACAGAGGACCUGAUCCCUGUGUGUCCCGGGGAGGAGGUCGUCAUCGCCUGCCGUCCCGACUACAACGGCAAUAUCACCGUCACCUGCGACGAGCGAACCCUUGACCUACUCACCUCCUGCAACACAUGCACCCUCGCCUGGAUUGACGAGAUCCACGAGAUGAUCGAGAACGGGACAACCUCUGGCGCCGAGAUAGCGAGGGAAAUCAACAAGGAGGUAGUCAACAGGACCCUAGGCUUGAACGACUUGGCCGCCAUCUUGGAGGAGCUCGCGGCCCUCGAGAUGCUGGAGAAGACGCAGCUCGAUGAGGUGCCUGAGGGCGAGCCUCGAGUGUCCGUAGCCCAGGACUACACUCAAGAAACUCUCAACAUCGUUAGCAGCGUCCUGUCCAACAACCAGACCUGGGACACCAUCGGUGAGAACAACUCGGCUUUGUACGGUCCGCAGUUCAUAGCCAUCGCGGAUAACUCCGGCUUCAUGCUUGCGGACGCAGUUAUACUUAGUGCUGCUUCUCUCAACAACUCGGCUUUGUACGGUCCGCAGUUCAUAGCCAUCGCGGAUAACUCCGGCUUCAUGCUUGCGGACGCAGUUAUACUUGACCAGAACGGCACGCGGGAGAAUGUUCGUCAGUUCAACAUCAACAGUCCUGAAAUACUCAUGAUUGUCACGGUCGCCAGCAGACUGAAUGACUCGUCACUCUCGUUCGAGUUCAAGUCCCCGAGCGGCCGCACGUCGGUGUUCUUGGCGCCGGGCUUCGCUCAGGACGUGGCUGACGACGGUGUCAAGCCCCUCAAGAUCGUCGCGCUCUUCGUGUCGACGCGCGCGGCGCGACGGCCGCUACCAGGCACCCAUAACAACAUCCCUAACGGCUCCCUGCGGGACGUGAAUAGCGAAAUUGCCAGCGUGAGCCUCCAGGCGCCAGGCAGCAGGACGCACUUCAAGGCAGGACGAGGCAUCGAUGUGUCCUUCACCUACACCGACGUCGAGUUUGGUCCGACGUAUCGGGACCUCCACCACAACCCCCGCCCCGACGAGGUCCCGACCCACGUUCUGCGGUCCACACGCUGCGUCUUCUGGGACACUCCAGGCAGCCAGUGGAGCACCGCAGGCUGCUGGCUUACGGCCUGGCAGCGUGACGCCGGCGUCUGCCGCUGCGAUCACCUGACGAUGUUCGCCGUCCUCACCGACGUCCACAACUACGUCCGGGCAAGUUACCAAAUNUGCAGCCAGUGGAGCACCGCAGGCUGCUGGCUUACGGCCUGGCAGCGUGACGCCGGCGUCUGCCGCUGCGAUCACCUUACGAUGUUCGCCGUCCUCACCGACGUCCACAACUACGUCGGUCCGGACAAAGCCCUGGACAUACUAGGCUCCUUGGUGUUGUCGCUGUCGGUUCUGUCCCUUCUGCUGGCGAUGUUCAUCUUCCAGGUGUCCAGGCUGAAGUCGCUGCGCGUGCGCAUCACAAAGCAGCUCUGCCUGAGCCUGUGCGUCUCGCAGCUCCUGACUGGCCUGCUGCUGGACCCCGACAUCCUGCACCUCGGUGAUAAGGCAUGCACCGGUGCAGCAGCGGUUCUCCACUUCGCGUGCCUGUGCGCUGUGCUGUGGAUGCUGGCGGAAGGCAUCCACUUGUUCCACGUGCUCCACUCCGACGCUGACACGCGCAGCUCCAACACCUUCACCGUGUGCCUGUGGGUCAUUAUAUCGUAA